AUGUCUGCUCAGGCUGCUCUUUUAAGCCUUAGAAGCUUCUAUUUAUUCUCUGGAUGGCCCGAAGUGGACUUCGUGAAUCCAACAACUGGUGUCCACACUCAACGUGUUGAGUCACUUUGGAGCCAGUUGAAGAAAGAAAUCAAACCCAAAUGUGGACUCAGAGGAGACAAUUGGGACGAUCACUGGUUUCAGGCUCUUUGGAUGUUCAAGUAUCACGAAGAGUCGAAAUUCUAUGAGCUGUGGAAGCAAAUCUCGGAGAAAUACCCAUUGAAUUAA